AGUGCGCACGCGCGGCUAGCUUGUCCGCUAUAGGCUGCGUCGAGGCGGGAGCCUUAACCUCCUCUGGUGGUUGAGGCGAGUGGUCCUCUGUCUACCUGAGUUCUUUCUCGCAGGACGCGCGGCUUCUGUCGGAUCUUUGCAGGUCGGCACUGCUGAAUAUGAGACGAUCUGCAGCACCAAGUCAAUUGCAGGGGAAUCCCUUCAAAAAACUAAAAUUUAUACCACCAGGGAGAAGUAAUCCAAGUCCAAAUGAAGAGAAUACAAAGAUGAGUCCAGAUGUAAAAUUAUUUGAGGUUGUUGCAAGUAAGAAUACCUUUCUCCAGUUACAAAAUAACCCCAGAAUAUGCAGUUUAAAUCUGCCUACCGAGGGAAAUGCUAGAGAAGUUAAUCAUGGGCAUAAUUAUAGUGGAAGACACUGUUCCAAAGCAUCUGUAAUGGCAACAUUAGAUCCACCUCAUACAGAUUCAGGAAGAGUGCCCCAUCUGCUGGUGUAUAGAAGAGCAAUUGUCAUCCUUGAGAUACCAGUGCAAAUCAUUCACUCAGCCCCUAAAGAAAUAACAGUGUCUAAGGGACAAGAAGAGGAAGAACCUGAUAGCCUAGUUAAAUAUUUCAGUGUCGUUUGGUGUAAGGCUUCAAAGAAAAAACACAAAAAAUGGGAAGGUGAUGCUGUUCUCAUUGUAAAAGGAAAGUCAUUUACAUUAAAGGAUUUGGAAGGCAAAGACAUUGGAAGAGGCAUUGCAUAUAAAUUCAAAGAGCUUGAAAAGAUUGAAGAGGGCCACAGAGUGAUGAUUGGUGGAAAAGAAGUAGAAGUCAUGGGUAUAAUCUCUCCCGAUGAUUUCAACAGUGGCAGAUGUUUUCAGCUUGGAGGAGGAAGCCCUGCUAUCUCAAGUUCUUCUCAAGCUGCCAAGAAGUGUUUCUCUAACCCCUUCAAAAGUGUUUGUAAAACAAGUUCAAAGGAAAAUAGACUGAAUGGUUUCCAAGAUUGUAAACCACGCCAUGACCCACAUGCACCAAAUUCUCUUGUAAUGUCACGACCUGACAGCAAUCACCAGUGGACGUUCAAUAGGAACUGUUUUCCUAUUGUGGAUGUGGUGAUAGAUCCUCACCUUGUAUAUCAUCUUCGACCACAUCAGAAAGAAGGGAUCAUAUUCCUCUAUGAAUGUGUAAUGGGAAUGAGAGUGAACGGCAGAUGUGGAGCUAUUCUUGCUGAUGAAAUGGGUUUAGGGAAAACACUGCAAUGUAUUUCGCUCAUCUGGACGCUACAGUGUCAGGGACCCUAUGGAGGCAAGCCAGUAAUAAAGAAGACGCUUAUUGUCACUCCUGGAAGCUUAGUGAAUAAUUGGAGGAAGGAAUUUCAAAAAUGGCUAGGAAGUGAAAGAAUCAAGAUAUUUCCUGUUGAUCAGGACCACAAAGUAGAAGAAUUCACCAAAUCUCCAUUUUAUUCUGUUCUUAUCAUCAGUUAUGAAAUGUUACUUCGUUCUUUGGAUCAAGUUAAGAAUGUAAAAUUUGAUCUUCUAAUCUGCGAUGAGGGGCAUCGUUUGAAGAACAGUGCCAUUAAAACAACUACAGCCCUCAUUAGCCUCUCUUGUGAGAAAAGAAUAAUUCUAACUGGUACUCCAGUUCAGAAUGAUCUUCAAGAAUUUUUUGCAUUAAUUGAUUUUGUAAAUCCAGGAAUAUUAAGCUCUUUGUCAUCUUAUAGAAAAAUAUAUGAAGAACCCAUCAUUAUAUCGAGACAGCCAUCUGCUUCUGAGGAAGAAAAGGAGUUAGGAGAGAAAAGAGCAGCUGAACUUACUUGCCUCACUGGACUCUUUAUCCUUAGAAGAACCCAAGAAGUCAUAAAUAAAUAUCUUCCACCUAAAAUAGAGAAUGUCGUCUUUUGCCGACCAGGAGCACUACAGAUUGAGCUUUAUCGAAAGCUGUUGAAUUCUCAGGCUGUCAGGUUCUGCCUUCAAGGGUUGUUGGGAAAUAGUCCUCAUCUAAUAUGUAUAGGAGCUCUUAAAAAACUGUGCAAUCACCCCUGCCUGUUGUUCAACUCUAUAAAGGAAAAAGAAUAUAGCUCAACUUGGGAUGGAAAUGAAGAAAGGAGUCUAUAUGAAGGCUUGGUAGAUGUGUUCCCUGCUGAUUACAACCCUCUCAUGUUUAUGGAGGAAGAGUCCGGAAAACUACAGGUGCUAAUGAAGCUCUUAGCGGUUAUCCAUGAACUUCGUCCUACUGAAAAGGUGGUGUUGGUGUCCAACUAUACACAAACCUUGAAUAUUCUACAAGAAGUAUGCAAGCGUCAUGGAUAUACUUAUACAAGACUUGAUGGACAAACACCAAUCUCUCAAAGACAGCAAAUUGUUGAUGGCUUUAAUAGUAAAUACUCUUCUGAUUUUAUUUUUUUGUUAAGUUCAAAAGCUGGUGGUGUGGGACUUAACCUUAUUGGAGGAUCUCACUUAAUUUUAUAUGACAUUGAUUGGAAUCCAGCCACUGAUAUCCAGGCAAUGUCUAGAGUAUGGAGAGAUGGUCAGAAACAUCCUGUACAUAUUUACAGACUUCUAACCACAGGUACAAUAGAAGAAAAGAUUUAUCAAAGACAGAUCAGUAAGCAAGAUCUUUCUGGGGCAGUUGUAGACCUAACCAAGACAUCUGAACAUAUCCAGUUUUCAGUAGAGGAGCUAAAAAAUUUGUUCAUCUUACACGAAAGUUCACAUUGUGUUACUCAUGACCUGCUUGACUGUGAAUGUACAGGAGACAAAGAUGGUACAGGUGAUUCACUGGAAAAAUUCCCUAUCUCUAGAAAUUGUCAGCUUGGUCCACAUCACCAGAAGUCUAAUUCUCUGAAACCUCUCUCCAUGUCACAGCUGAAGCAAUGGAAACAUUUUUCUGGAGAUCAUUUAAAUCUUGCAGAUCCUUUUCUUGACAGAAUAAGAGAAAAUGUCUCAUUCUUUUUUCAGAAUAUAACCAACCAAAGUACUGCUAUAUAAGGAAAGAUAACUUCAUGAUAUUCCCUUGCCCCCCCUUUAAAAAAGUUAACAUAGUAAUUAAAUGUAAUUUUCGAAAACUAAUAGAAUUAUUUAAAUUAUGUUUUGUUGCAAAAUGUAUCAUAGCUGUAAUACAGUCAAAACUUGAGUUAAUUUUUUUGUAUGUAUUCUUUAGUGCUGAAACAUUAAAGACAUAAUUCUAUCAUCAUAUAAUUAUUAGUAUUCCAAAAUUAAUGUACUUUUAUUAAAUACCCAUUAAGGAAUUUUCAUAAGGACUAUAAAAAGGUAAAAUACCUCAUCCCCGUCUUUGGGAAAUCUAAUCUAUGUGGGAAUAUUAGACAUAGAUGUGGGAGAUCAGUUUCAACUAUAGCUCAAGGGAGAAAGAGAAUCAGACUAGGACUCCAGAGGCUGAACAUGCUGAGUGUAAUAAUUGCUGUGGAGCAGUUUGAAUGAGAAUGGUCAGCAGGUUGGGGCAGGAGACAAAGGACGAUGGGAGGCUUCAGAACACUAGUUUGUAGAGGCGCCUGGGUGGCACAGCAGUUAAGCGUCUGCCUUCGGCUCAGGGCGUGAUCCG